GAUUUAAUUUUAAUUAUUUCCAUUGUCGUUAUAUUAUUUGUUGGAUCACUAAGCUCAGCAUUCGCCGCUACAUCACUCCGAGGUCUUCGAUUCUUCCAAAUUUUACGAAUGGUACGGAUGGACCGCCGUGGAGGGUCUUGGAAGCUUUUAGGAUCAGUUAUAUGGGCUCACAGACAGGAGCUGUUAACGACACUGUAUAUAGGAAUUCUAGGUUUACUUUUCUUUUCAUUCCUCGUUUUUCUCGCAGAAAAAGAUUCCGAAAAACCAAAAUUAAAAAGUUUUGCUGAUGCAAUUUGGUGGGGUGUGAUAACAUUAUGUACAGUAGGAUAUGGUGAUGUUGUACCUCAGACGUGGGCUGGAAAGGUUAUUGCUGGGUUUUCAGCAAUCUUAGGGAUAUCAUUUUUUGCUCUUCCUGCAGGAAUACUUGGUUCAGGGUUUGCUCUUAAAGUACAGCAACAGCAACGACAAAAACACCUCAUUCGUAGAAGAGUUCCAGCCGCUAUGUUAAUACAAAGUUUGUGGAGAUGUUAUGCAGCAGACAGAAAUUCAAUAUCUAUAGCUACAUGGAAACCCCAUAUGAUUCCAUGCCCAAGCCCAACAGCUGAUAGACAGUUUAAAAAUAAUGCAUCAUUUGUCAGUCGCUUUUCUACAAGACGGCGGGAUAGAAGUACCGGUGGAAGUAACCAUAGUCAUUCCGGAAACCCUCAUUCCCCAUUAAUACAGCCGAGAAAGGAAAACAAUCGAAGAACAAAUCUUUUAGAUCAGGAGGAAGUUCCAGAUACAUUACAUAGCCUUGUAAACAGGACUUGGAGUCACUUGAGUCUUGCUACAGGAAUAGCUGAUCACAGAGUGGACCAACUUCCGCUAAGGAAAGAUAAUCCUUCACCGCCAUUAUCUUACGAAGAUGAUCUCGACCACUCUCCAAAAUUACAUCAAAUAACUGACGUAGAUAAACAAGCUAUAAGGGCAUUACGAAAAAUCAAAUAUUUUGUUGCUAGACGAAAAUUCAAGGAAGCCCUUCGACCUUAUGACGUCAAAGAUGUCAUAGAACAAUACUCGGCUGGCCACGUGGACAUGCUUGGUCGUGUUAAAAAUUUACAGUGCAGGUUAGAUGUGAUUCUUGGUAAACAAGGCACAAAUGUCCUUUGAAAUGUUCCCUUUC